GCGAUGGAAGGUGUUUACAAUUGAUUCUGAGUUCCUGACGCGACGCAUUGUUGAUUAGCACUAAUCGAGAUAGUUGAGUAAAAAAUUCGCACGCAGGACAGAGUUAAUGGGUGAAUAAAGCCCAUCCGAAUAAUUUUUAUUAAUUUUAUCUUUUAUUUAUAUUGCUGCUUGAAACUUUUUUUAAAAAAACUUGUGUAUACCAGACGGAAACAACAACUGACGUUGUUUCCGUGUAUCUACAAUGAGGUCAUCGGAAACUUUUUAGGUCUUACUCGCUCUUAUCAUGGGUGUACAACCGGAUUCUGAUUUGACUCCAGAAGAACAGCAGCUUUUGGCUGAUAUCAGACGAAGAAAAGAAGAGUUGCUUCGAGAAAUCCAGCAACUCAAAGAUGAGAUCACUGAAGUUACUGCAGAAAUGGAAAGGCUGGAGGCACAAGAUGAAUGCAAAAGUAAUACCAAGGCAAAACAACUUUCUACCGGAAAGAAGAAAUUUAACAUGGAUCCUAAAAAGGGUAUUGAAUAUUUAAUAGAACAUGGGUUAUUGAAAGAUACACCUGAGGAUGUGGCGCAAUUUUUGUACAAAGGAGAAGGUUUAAAUAAAACUGCUAUUGGAGAUUACUUAGGUGAAAGGAAUGAUUUUAACAUUAAAGUUCUCGAUGCAUUUGUUGAGUUACAUGACUUCACAGACCUAAUACUUGUUCAAGCAUUGAGGCAGUUUUUGUGGAGUUUUCGGCUUCCAGGAGAGGCGCAAAAAAUCGAUCGUAUGAUGGAAAAGUUUGCUCAGCGAUAUUGUCAGUUAAAUCCAGGCGUUUUCAGCAAUACAGAUACUUGCUAUGUUUUGUCUUUUGCCAUUAUCAUGCUGAAUACUUCUUUACAUAAUCCAAGUGUAAAAGAAAAACCAACUGUAGAAACGUUUAUAACCAUGAACCGAGGUAUUAACAAUGGAGGAGAUCUUCCUAGGGAACUUCUGGAGGGCUUAUAUGAUAGCAUAAAGCAAGAACCUUUUAAAAUACCAGAAGAUGACGGAAAUGAUCUAAUGCAUACAUUUUUCAAUCCUGAUAGAGAAGGAUGGCUAUGGAAGCAAGGGAGUUCGAAAAUCAGUGGCAGAUAUAAAAGCUGGAAGCGGAGGUGGUUCAUUUUAAAUGACAAAUGCCUGUAUUAUUUUGAAUAUACAACAGAUAAAGAACCUCGCGGAAUUAUUCCCUUGGAAAAUGUGCAAGUGCGAGAUGUGCAAGAUCGCAACAAGCCAAAUUGUUUUGAGCUUUUCUCUGUGGGCAGUGACGUCAUCAAGGCCUGCAAGACAGAUUCUGAGGGUAAAGUGGUAGAAGGGAAGCACACAGUUUACAGGAUGUCUGCUGCAACACCGGAGGAAAAAGAUGAGUGGAUGAAAAGCAUUAGGGCUUCAGAAACUUUUCCACUCAUGACUGUCAUUCAGGAGAAUAAACUUUUUACAACUUCAAAAGGAAAAAUAAUCUGAAAACCAAGCAUUUUUUUUAAUGGCAAAGCAUCAGUCACAAUCCAUUCUAUGAUAUGCUUGCAGCCAGAAAGAAGAAAGCUCAACAUGCCAAGUGAAGACCAGAAGGAGUUGAUUGUUGGAAUUUUGAAGAGGAGGGCUGCCACACAUUGCUUUCGCUAUCGGCCGAGAAUCUGUCGGUUGUGUGUUGGUCUAGACCCUGCCUCUAUUCAUUAUCUCUAGUGCAAAAACAGUCUUUCAUUUAAACUUCCCCUUUUAUUCAGUGGGAUGAGUUUUAUUUAUCUUUCUUGAAGGGCUGCCUCUCUGCCUUCAGUGGAUUGAAUUAAAGAAACUGCAUGCUUUAAAAGCAGGUCUUCCAAAUCUUUUGACUUUGGAAGGUUUCUGUUUGGGAUCCAUGAGUGUGUAUGUCCUGUAAUCUAUUUACAGAAAAAUUCGUAAUAUGUGCAAAUAUUAUCAGUCAAAAACAUCUUGUUUUUAUAUUGUAAAGAAAUGCUUUACUUUUGAGAUGUAUGUAAUUAUUUGUCAUAUAAAUCAAAUAAGUUGUAAAUAAUUUAAUUUUAUUUAAACUGUAUAUAUAUAUAUAUAUAUAUUUCUUUUCAAAUUGAAAAAUAAGGACUGUCGCUGAUGUGUCUCACUGUAUUUUGUACCAAAAAAAUAUUGAUUAGUGUAUUUUAAAGUGAGAUCGUAAGCCUGUAUGCUAAGUGUCUUGGCUCAUCAUUUACUACUAUUAUACAAUAUCAAGUGACUGUGAGUUAUCUUUGUAAAAAAUUAAAAGAAAUUGUAUUUUUAAAUUAUAUUUAUUAUUAAAAUGUUUCGUCUGUAUUAUGACAGUUAUUCUUUGACUGCUUGUGUGAUAUUGUAUUUGAAACAAUUUGAGUCAUUAUAGUACUAUUUAAGUCAUAAACUAAAAUAAUUUGUUAAUUGCAAUAUUUUAAACAAACCUAAUUAGUGAAAAUUUAUUUGUUACAAUAAAUUCUGAUUCCUUUAUGUUGUUUAUUUAUUUGAUCUUUUUUUAAAAUUUUAUUUUCAGAUGGUUUGCAUUAUAUUAUUAGCAACAAUAUGUAAGAUGCCAUCUGUGUUAUGAAUUGUGAUGCACAUUUUUUGUAAUUUUAUUUUAUGCAUAGUUGAUAUCUCUUGAAAUUAUAAUAUAAAAAUUCUAUUUAUUUUCUAUCUACCUUUCUUCCAAAAUUUGACUUUUUUUUCAACAACAGUUUUUAUAAGACAAAAAUUUGAAAUCCUCUAUAUCGAAGAAAACAGAGGGAGAUAAAAGUAUUCCUGAACAGGAAAAUAAGUAUUAAAAUGAAAUAUUAAUGAAGCUUAUAAACUGCAAAUUUUAAACAGUAUUUAUAAAAAUAUCAGUAAAUAUAUGAAGUAAAUUUGAGGAAAAUAUUUUAAAAUUUAUUUGAAUUGGAAAAGGGGAAAAAAGAGAAGAAAAAAACAUUCUUACUUUGAGUCAAACUGGAAAUAAAUAAAUUAUUUAAUUAUUAUAACAAAUUUUAAAAGGAUGUAAAUGUGAGGGAACAAAAUAUACAUCUGUGAUUAGAAAAGUUUUUUUUUUUUUUUUUUUUAAGUUACUGUUUGUUACAUUUUUAUUUUUUGGUAUUGCAGAAUUUAAUAGAACAUGGAACUUCUAAUACAAAAUUAAUUAAUGCAACCUUAUACAGAAUAUUUAAAGAGCAGUAUAAGAUAUUGGUAGCCUUUAAGGUGAAAUUAUUUGAAUUCCUCUUUUAUUAAAUAUAUUCCUCAAGUUUUAUCCUCCAACAGCAAAAUCUGAAUGAUUCAGAUUUAGUUGUGCUGUCACUAUACUUAACAUGUAAAAGUAAAUUAUUUUUUUUUUUAUUCUUACACUUUUUUUUUUUUUUUGUUUUUUUUUUUUUUGUUAUUUUAAGCUUUAUAACAGAUACUUCAAGAAAGAAUUGUUUGAUUUCUAAAUGGUGGAAGCUUUUUUUUUAUAAGUAUUUGGUCUUUAUUAGUAAUUUUGAUUAUAAUGGUAACAAAAAUUGCUAUAUUUGACAAAAAUAAUUAAAAAUUCAUACUGUUACUUACAAAUGUUUUGAAUUUCAAAAUAUAGGGAUUGGACAAAAUAUGAACGCAUCUUCAUUAAUGUUCUAAAUUAUAGUUUUUGCAGCUAUGGCGGAAGAUAGUCAAAAAUAAGCAGAUGCAAUAAGCAGCAAAAAUGCAACAGUCUAAAGGAUACAUAUCGACUUCUACGAAAAAGUCACUUCUUGGAAAUUGAAACUGAUUGUGCAGUUUACCCUCUAAAAUGUCUACAAAAGUUUCGAUGCUAUUCAGAUCAAUGGUUCACAACUAGUCAUGUUUAUUAAAUCAGUCUUGGACAAUUAAAGUCGUGUGAAUGGAAGCAUUACUGUAUUCAUACACUAGUUGUUUAUUUGUGCCAUUGGAUGAAGAUAGUGGAUCAGAAUAUAUACUUAAUCCUAUAAUUUAGCCUGUCCAAAGUACAAUAAGACAUCGUGCCACCAAGGCCUUCUGAAUUACUGCUGGCGCGCAUUGCACUGGAGCAACGUCUAGACGGUAUUCUCCCAUUGUUAUUGUGUCCAGUCAGAAUAUUCGGGACAUUGUUAUGGAUACUUAAAGGCAUUGUGGGAAUUGCAGUAACUCUACCACUCACGCCAAAAACAACUUUCUGCAGAUCACAGAUGUUGCACUUUCUGGUCUGUUAGUCAGAUUAGGCUGCCAAUCACUGUUGUGUCUUUCCUUAUUUAAUUUAGAUUGUUACCCGACAGCAAUAAGGCUGGCCGGUUUCGUUAUUGGGGAUCGAGCUUUAAAGACCUCUUUUGAGAGGUCUGAAAAAAAUAAUUGUGGCUUGAUGUAUUUCACAUCUGCCUGCUAUCACUGCUAGUUAUAGACUGGUGUGUGCAAAUGCUUGGCCGCUAGGCUACUAUUCUAAAAGGUGAGAACAUGUUUCCCUCAAUUAUUAUUGCUUUGUCGUUCAUAUUGUGUUAUCCAAUUCUUUUAUCAUUUAAUUGGAAAUUGAUUCUGUUGUCAGAUGAAUUUUUUGAUUAAUGUGCAUGACUUUGAAAGAGAUUUCUCUAUUGGCUGAUUGUUAAUAUAAAUGAAUUGUAUUCUCUAUUGAGAACAAAUAAAUCUAACUUGUCAAUAUA